UCGCCAUAUUGCGAUUGCAGUGUUCAGGGACGCUUUUAUGAAGUGCCGUGGAUACAAAUAGACAAACUCAUUUUUGAAAUUAUGACUCAGACUGUGCAGUCUAAUGGGAUCCAGCCUCUAAGUAAGACGUGGGAACUCAGUUUAUAUGAGUUACAAAGGACGCCCCAGGAAGCCAUUACAGAUGGAUUGGAAAUUGCAGUGUCUCCUAGAAGCUUGCACAGUGAGCUGAUGUGUCCCAUUUGCCUGGAUAUGUUAAAAAAUACCAUGACCACAAAAGAGUGCUUGCACCGUUUCUGUGCUGACUGUAUCAUCACAGCUUUGCGAAGCGGAAAUAAGGAGUGUCCAACAUGUCGAAAAAAGUUGGUUUCAAAGCGAUCUCUGAGGCCUGAUCCAAAUUUUGAUGCUCUAAUAAGUAAGAUUUAUCCAAGUCGGGAUGAGUAUGAGGCCCAUCAAGAACGUGUCCUGGCACGUAUCAGCAAACACAACAACCAGCAAGCUCUGAGUCACAGCAUCGAAGAGGGCCUGAAAAUACAGGCUAUGAACCGACUGCAGAGAGGUAAGAAGCACCAGAUUGAAAAUGGAAGUGGUGCAGAAGAUAAUGGUGACAGUUCUCACUGUAGUAAUGCCUCAGUGCACAGCAACCAGGAAGCAGGACCCAGUAUUAAAAGAACCAAGACUUCAGACGACUCUGGCCUUGACAUGGACAACACCACAGAAAACGGAAAUGGAGAUAUGGCACUUGAUGGAGCUAGUGAAAUUGAACUAGUAUUUCGGCCUCAUCCAACACUAAUGGAGAAAGAUGAUACUGCACAGACCAGGUACAUUAAGACAUCUGGGAAUGCCACAGUAGACCAUCUUUCGAAAUACUUGGCAGUCCGUCUUGCUCUUGAAGAACUGCGAAAAAAUGGAGAUGCUAAUCCCAUCAAUAUGGAUGCUGCAAGUGAGAAACAAUACACAAUCUACAUUCCCACUUCCAGCGGCCAAUUUACGGUACUCAAUGGUUCUUUCUCACUGGAGCUGGUCAGUGAAAAAUACUGGAAGGUUAACAAACCUAUGGAGCUGUACUUCGCACCAACUAAAGAGCACAAAUAGAGGAAAGACAUCCAAAUGUGAACUGAGAACUCUCUUCUGUACCCUUACAGUGUGUCUGUUUGGAUUUACCUGGUUCCAGAAAGCACUCUUUCCUGGAUGAAGUGUUGCUGCUUUUUUAAAUAUACAAGCUUGAGGGGGUUAAUUUGUAUUUUGGAGCUUCACAGACAUCCUUGGCAGAAAUAAUUUCUAAAAAGUGGGUUUCUUGCCUAUAAAUACAUGCUGAUAAUCUGUACAGUUCUUAAGAGGCUUUGCUGAAAGGAUUCAUUUAUUCUGAUAUUCCUCUGUUCCCCCCCACCCCACCCCCGGAACCCUGUUGUUGUUUAGACCUGCAAAACUCCCAAGAAAAGUUUUACUAUGGAAAUGGUGGAACAUUUUUCAUUUUGUCAGCUUCCUUUUAAUAAUACAGAAUCAAAAGGACUAAAGCAGUUGUUAGCUUUUUGAUGUUUUUAUUGAUUGUAUAUAAUGGACUAAAGCCUCAUUUGUCACUUCCUUCCGCCUAUACAGUAAGAAGGCAGCUAAAUGAUAAGACAUUUGUCAGUGUCUUACUCAAAAUGUGAAAAUCCCUGCUAAUUGUGGAGUAGAAAAAUUUCUUCUUUUGAUUUUGAGAAGAAUACAUUCAUAUAGAACUAUCUAAUUGUUAAUGAUUAAAAUAAAGAUAGAGCUUAUGAUAAACAUAGGUGUGUUAAGAGGGAGAGAGGAUGCUCUAAUAUAAUGUAAAUGCAUCUGUGGCUCCUCAUUUUGUUUCUGUGGACUCACUGGGGCUGCAGGUAUUCAUUGCAGCCAGUUAAAUAAUUUUCAGCGGAAUUAUCAUUUAAUUGAAUCACUUUUUUCUCCUGUCAUUCCUCUCUAUUAUUUACUGCUAAUGUACAGUAUGUUUUAGAUUUAUGAGAAUGUUUUAAUGUUUUGUGAGCCAAAGCCAAGUAAUAUCUGACCAUAAUAAGUAAUAGAUAAUAAAAAAAAAACUAAAUAUUUUAUUCUAAGAACUCCAAAGCCUGAUGCAAAUGUUAUCAGGGUAACUCAGCUGGGCUUGGCCUGCUUGUUUGUUUUAGACUGAAGAGCAAUUAAUGGCUCAGAAUUAUACAAUACAACUAAAAUUAAAA